UUUGACGGGUUUGACAUACUGUAUAGGCUGUGGACGCUGUCUUACAAUUUUCUCACCGGCAUUGUUUGUGCGACGGUAUCCGUCAUCGUUCGGAGACGAAGAGCUUCCCCAGGCCGGCUGGAUCGUCCUUCCACACCGAGAGUCCUCAUGAAAAUGGAUGCAGACUUGCUACAUUCGCCAGCUGUGGGCUUCGCUGAGGAGGAUGCUGACAUGAAUGACUGGGAACUGCCCCUGGCCUUCAUGAAGAAACGCCACUCGGAGAAGAUCGAGGGAUCGAAGGCCCUUGCACAGAGCUGGAGGAUGAAAGACAGGAUGAAGACUGUGAGUGUAGCACUGGUGUUGUGUCUCAAUGUUGGAGUGGACCCCCCAGAUGUGGUCAAGACAUCGCCCUGCGCCAGAUUGGAGUGCUGGAUCGAUCCUCUGUCGAUGAGUCCACAGAAAGCCCUGGAGACCAUUGGGGCCAACCUGCAAAAGCAAUAUGAAAACUGGCAGCCAAGGGCACGUUACAAACAAAGCUUGGACCCCACAGUGGACGAGGUGAAAAAGCUAUGCACGUCACUCAGACGAAAUGCCAAAGAGGAGCGGGUCCUCUUUCACUACAACGGUCAUGGGGUUCCACGGCCCACUGUCAAUGGAGAAAUUUGGGUUUUUAAUAAGAACUACACUCAGUACAUCCCGCUGUCCAUCUAUGACCUUCAGACCUGGAUGGGGAGCCCUUCCAUUUUUGUCUAUGACUGCUCCAAUGCUGGAAUCAUUGUCAAGUCCUUCAAGCAGUUCGCCCUGCAGCGAGAACAGGAGCUGGAGGUGGCCGCCAUCAACCCCAGCCAUCCACUCGCCCAGAUGCCGCUGCCACCUUCCAUGAAGAACUGUAUCCAGCUGGCUGCCUGCGAGGCCAGCGAGUUGUUGCCAAUGAACCCUGACCUCCCCGCUGACCUUUUCACUUCCUGUCUCACCACACCGAUAAAGAUUGCUUUGCGGUGGUUUUGCAUGCAGAAGAGUGCCAAGUUGGUGCCCGGAGUGACGUUAGACCUAAUCGAGAAGAUCCCUGGGAGGCUCAAUGACAGGCGCACUCCCCUCGGAGAACUCAAUUGGAUCUUCACAGCCAUCACCGACACCAUUGCCUGGAACGUGUUGCCCCGAGAUUUGUUCCAGAAGUUGUUUCGUCAGGACCUUCUGGUGGCCAGCUUGUUCCGUAAUUUUCUAUUAGCAGAGAGGAUAAUGAGGUCAUAUAACUGCACACCAGUCAGCAGCCCUCGCUUGCCUCCAACAUAUAUGCAUGCCAUGUGGCAAGCAUGGGACUUGGCUGUGGAUAUCUGCUUGUCUCAGCUGCCAACCAUCAUCGAGGAGGGCACUGCAUUCAGGCACAGCCCUUUCUUCGCAGAACAGCUGACAGCCUUUCAGGUCUGGUUGACAAUGGGCGUAGAGAACCGGAAUCCUCCCGAGCAACUCCCUAUUGUACUGCAGGUUCUCCUGAGCCAAGUGCAUCGACUUCGGGCUCUCGACCUUCUCGGACGCUUUCUGGACCUCGGACCCUGGGCUGUCAGUCUGGCCCUGUCUGUUGGAAUCUUCCCAUAUGUCUUGAAGCUGCUACAGAGCUCAGCCAGAGAGCUGCGGCCGCUGCUGGUUUUCAUCUGGGCUAAAAUCCUGGCCGUGGACAGUUCUUGCCAAGCUGACCUGGUCAAAGACAACGGUCACAAGUAUUUCCUCUCUGUCUUGGCGGACAGCUACAUGCCAGCUGAGCAUCGGACCAUGGCUGUCUUCAUAUUGGCUGUUAUUGUUAACAGCUAUAACACAGGACAGGAGGCCUGUCUGCAGGGUAACCUAAUAGCAAACUGCCUGGAGCAGCUUUCGGACCCCCACCCACUGCUUCGCCAGUGGGUCGCCAUAUGCCUUGGUCGCAUCUGGCAGAACUUUGACCCGGCCCGCUGGUGCGGAGUUCGUGAUAGUGCACACGAAAAGCUCUACAUCUUGUUGUCCGAUCCAAUCCCUGAGGUGAGAUGUGCCGCUGUCUUUGCUCUCGGUACAUUUGUGGGAAACUCUGCGGAGAGGACGGACCACUCCACCACCAUCGACCACAAUGUGGCCAUGAUGCUUGCCCAGCUCAUCAACGAUGGCAGUCCUGUCGUUCGCAAGGAGUUGGUGGUAGCAUUGAGUCACCUGGUGGUCCAAUACGAAAGCAACUUCUGUACUGUUGCACUUCAGUUCAUGGAGGAGGAGAAAAAUUAUACAGUGCCAUCACCAGCCAACACUUCAGAGCCUGGUAACUUGACGCCAGUGAGGGACAGUCCAGCCAUCCCACGUCUCCGAUCUGUCAACUCCUACACCAACAUUCGUGCAGUCACCACUGCCCGUAACCUGAACAAAAGCCUGCAGAACCUCAACCUCAAUGAAGAAGGUGGACCGGCAGCCUUUUCACCGGGAAACCUGAGCACCAGUAGUAGCGCCAGCAGCACCCUGGGAAGCCCCGACAAUGAAGAGUACAUUCUCUCUUUCGAAACCAUUGACAAAAUGCGACGGGUGUCGUCGUAUUCUUCACUCAAUUCCCUCAUAGGAGUGUCUUUCAACAGUGUUUACACUCAAAUCUGGAGAGUGCUCCUCCACCUGGCUGCAGACCCUUUUCCUGAAGUGUCUGACUUGGCAAUGAAGGUCCUCAACUGCAUCGCUUACAAGGCAAUGAUGAAUGCUCGCCCUCAGAGAAUUUUGGACUCUGGGUCUCUCACCCAGUCAGCUCCAGCCAGCCCCACCAGCAAAGGCACGCAUAUCCAUCAGGCAGGUGGCUCCCCUCCCAUGCCCAGCACCAGCAGUUCAAGUCUGACCAAUGAGGUUCCCAAGCCCCCUACCAGAGAUCAAGCUCCCACACGGCCCCCUUACACGCCCACACUUGGAGGACAGGCGCCCCAUUCCCAUCAAUUUCCCCGCACUCGUAAAAUGUUUGACAAGGGACCUGAGCAGGCCGCUGAGGAUGGAGACGAGCCGUGUGGUCACAGAAACUACAUCAGUGCCGCCCUGCAAACGGGUCUAUGUGAUUGGAGUGCCAAAUACUUUGCUCAGCCGGUCACAAAGAUCCCGGAGGAACAUGACUUGCAGAGUCAGGUGAGGAUGGAGCGGCAGUGGAGAUUUCUCAGGAAUGCUCGCGUCAAAAGGCAAAGCAGAAGCAUCACACAAAGAGGUGUUUCUCGACUGGACGAUCAAAUAUUCAUCAAUCGCAAUCCCGGCGUUCCCUCUGUCGUCAAGUUCCACCCUUUCAACACCUGCAUAGCUGUCGCUGACAAGGAUAGCAUCUGCUUUUGGGACUGGGAGAAGGGCGAGAGGUUGGACUACUUCUACAAUGGCAACCCUCGCUACACCCGCAUCACAGCCAUGGAAUAUCUCAACGGGCACGACUGCUCGUUGCUGCUGACUGCAACAGAUGAUGGAGCGUUGCGUGUUUGGAAAAACUUUGCUGACCAGAAGAAUCCGGAGAUGGUGACCGCGUGGCAGGGUCUCUCUGAUAUGCUGCCUACGACCAGAGGUCAGCCGUCUACCAGCGCUCACAGUCUAGCCAGGAGGGUUUCCAUCUAUCUGGACAGAAGUAAACAAGGCGGUGCCGGCAUGGUUGUAGACUGGGAGCAGGAGACUGGUCUCCUUAUGACGUCUGGAGAUGUUCGAGUUAUUCGAAUCUGGGACACUGACAGAGAGAUGAAGGUUCAGGACAUCCCGACAGGAGCGGACAGCUGUGUGACCACCAUGUCUUGCGAUUCCCAGCGCUCGCUCAUUGUCGCCGGUCUCGCGGACGGCUCCGUACGAGUCUUCGAUCGGAGAAUGGGUCCAAACGAAUGCCGCAUCAUGACCUACCGAGAGCACGGCGCCUGGGUGGUCAAAGCUCACCUGCAGAAGGACACAGAUGGACACAUCAUCAGCGUUAGUGUCAAUGGAGACGUUCGAUUCUUUGAGCCCCGCACGCCAGACUCUGUUAACGUGCUACAGACAGUGAAGGGGUUAACGGCGCUCGACAUCCACCCGCAGGCUAACCUGUUAGCUUGUGGCUCGAUGAACCAGUUCAUUGCGGUUUAUAACGCCAACGGUGAUGUGAUCAGCAACAUCAAAUACUACGACGGCUUUAUGGGACAAAGAAUCGGGGCCAUCAGCUGUUUAGCCUUCCAUCCCCAUUGGCCCCACCUGGCAGUGGGUAGCAAUGAUUACUACAUGUCCAUCUACUCGGCUGAGAAGAGGCUCAGAUAACACGCCGGCGUUCAUCUCCAGCACACCCGAGCCGCUCCCACACGCCCACUUUCACGACCAAAAAUCCCGCCCAACUAUGACUUCAGAGAACUUGAUCCUGGGUGUACAUGGCGUUGUACAUAUGCAAUCCCCCCCCCUUCCCCCCUCCCUACGAAUGUUCCACUGUUGGCUGCUGACAAACAUCUAUUAUUAUUAUUACGAUGAUAAUAAUGAUCCUGAUCCUUGUUUAUUCUUGUUAUAAAGCUUAUGAUUGUAGACUUGGCAAUGCUGAGGAGUGUGUAUAUUUAAAAUAGAGAUGAAGAGAGGUUGUAUUUUAAAGAAGCGGUACCCGCUCAUCACUGGAGCUCUUUUUGGCUUGCCAUCGAGCUUCAUUACCUUGAAUGACCUUUGAAACGCCUCUUGAAGGUGGAGGGGGGGGUCACACUGAGGACCCCGCACGUUUGGACUCCCGAGUCCUUCCUCAACACUUGGAAGGAUGGCGAUGAUGAAUUCAUUUUUGUCCCACUCAUCAAUGAGCCACAUGUACUACGUUUGCAUGUGUGUGCGCGCGCGGACAUGUGUUCCACUGGCAUAUGCAACCCCCCCCCUACAGCUUUGCACAAAAAGUGAUGCCCGUAAGAAGCCCUCAUCCUGAGUUGUCCGCCCUCAGUGUGCCAAUCAUAUUUUAGAAAAAAUGCGACUGUUCUCUUUGCUUCUGUGCAUGUUUCAUGCUCACAAUAAUCGGGGCAAACUCUCAUUGCCUGAAUGACGUGUCAAAGCUCCAUCUAAUAACUACAAAUGAAUUGAAAGAGGUUCAGAAAGCCCUCGACAUGCUCAUUUGGCUCCUGGUGCAUUCUGAGUGCUACGUACUUUUGUCAUGUUUUGGACUUUUUUUUUUUUUUUUUGAUAAUGAAGUUUAAGUCUCAUGUUCAGGUUUAAUUCCCAAACCUCACUCAGGUACCUCAAAAGCCUCAUGACUGAAGAGCACUCACGUUUUGGUAUCCAAAGGAUGACCGACAUUGUGCCUCUUCACGGCUGGGGGGGGCUUCAACUUUGCUUUAGGUUUUACUUUAUUUGAUCCUUUUUUCUCUUUGUUUUGCAAUGCUGUUUUAAUCCCGUUUGUAUUUUGUGUGCCUUGGUCUGGCUGAGGUAGAUGGAAAAGAAAUGUGAACGCCUUAGUUUCAUACACUGUCACGCACACGCGCGUGCAAACACACACACACACACACCACUUCAAAAUGGAUGCCCCUCCUAUUCCUUCCAAUUCCAUCUUCAACCCUUCACACCAGACACGCCAAGCUUUUCUUUAGCCUGAGAAGGAAUGGACCCGUGGACGACAGGGUAUAGAAGAUAGUAUCAGCCAAUGAGCGCUUCCUCUCUGCGCUUCAAUGUCCCCCUCUUUCUCUCUCUUUCACACACACACAGACACACUCAGCCACCGUUUUUUGGCAAUGGGCCCUUUGCUCGCAUUGUCCCUGUAUCGAGUGUUAAGAUUUUAGUCCAGAAAGCAAGAGACUUAAACUAGUGUGAAAGGAACAGUUGAAAACAAUCAGGUUCGUCUCUGUGACUUCUGCCUAUGUUGUUAUCUGGUUUAUGAAACAGGGGCUGAAAUAAACCAAAUGCAACAGGGGAUGUUGCUCUCUUGUUGACUGCACAAAAUGAUUUAUCUGCGUGUAAACAGUCACAUUUCAAAACUUUGGAGAAAAAAACAAAAUGUUUUAUACAGUAUACACCAGGGGGUGUCAAACUCAUUUUUUUCACGGGCCAGAUUUUAGUUGCAGUUU